AUGAGGAAAAUAGGUUCAAGUUAUUAUAAAAGUACUGAUAUAAGAAAUUCACUUAGAAAUUCACAGGCAGAUACUGAUCCAGAAUAUACCUGGUAUAGAAUAAGUAUUCCUCAUGGAAAGAAAAUGGGAAAAAAUUUUGUAUUGAAGUCUAUAACAUCAUCUUGUAAAGUUCCAUUUACACCGUAUAAUUAUGAAAUACACAAUGCAACUGCAGUAUUUUAUGUAACUGGAUAUCAAACAGCCAAUGCAAUAAAAGAUGUUCAUAAACGAAUAACAACACCUGAUGGAUUUAAAAUGUCUGUGAAUGUAACGGAGUCACCUCCUCCUAUUCCAUCAAUUGACGAAGGAAUCUCAGAAAAAAUAAAGACUGUAAUGAGUAAACAUUAUGAUUCUAUGAUCCACAAACUUGAUUUAAGUACUUUUCAUUCAGAUAAUGAUUUAUGUCAAGAAGGAAUUUAUGUUCCUAUUUCAAGAAGAAAUGUCAUGUCUUGUGUUGUUCAAAUUAUAAAAGAGCACAUCCCAUUGAUACAACAGCUCGAUUUAUCUAAAAAUAGGCUGAAUAAUUUGGAGGAUUUAGCUCCUCUUGUGACAGUAUGCAAAAAUCUGAAAAUACUAAUAUUAAAAAACAAUAAGCUGAAGAGAAUGGCCGUACUUGAUGCAUUGAAGGGAUUGGAUUUAGUUGAGCUCACAUUGGACGGUAAUCCUUUGUGUGACAAUUAUAAGGACCAAUCAACUUAUAUCAGUGCAGUAAGAGAGAAAUUUCCAAAAAUAAUUAAGUUGGAUGGACAAGAUUUGCCUGCUCCUAUUUUAUUUUCAUUAGAAACUCAUGAAGUUUUACCAUCAUCUAAGGAAAGCUCAUUCCCAUCUGAAGAUGUUAAGAAUAUUGUUGUGCAAUUUUUAGAACAGUACUAUACAAUAUAUGACUCUAGUGAUAGACAACCUUUACUGGAAGCAUAUCAUGAUCAGGCAAUGUUUUCUAUGUCCGUAGUAAGAAAUGCUCAGAGUCCUAGAGAUGGAGGAAAGCUGCAAGAUUAUAUUUCUGAUAGCAGAAACCUUAUGAGAGUACUCGAUCCAAAUCUCAGACAUAAAUUGUUAAGACAAGGAAAAUUGAGUAUAGUGUCCGCAUUGUCAGAAAUGCCUAAAACUCAGCACGAUCCUAAUUCGUUUACCGUUGACGUUUCUUAUGUAUCUCAAGCAUUAAUGUGUUUCACAGUUACUGGUGUUUUUAAAGAAGUGAAUUCUAAGAUAAACAACGUUCCCUUACGAACGUUUAGUCGAACGUUUGUAGUCAUUCCUCAGGGACAAGGAUUUUCUAUAAUUAACGAAAUGCUAUAUAUUACAAAUGCCACUGCUGGACAGAAUAAGGCAUAUAAAAUGGUUGCGCCGACUCCGACGCCGAGUCCCGCGCCCAGUAACGAAAGAACUGCGGAAGAACAACAACAGAUGGUUAUAGAAUUCUCUAAACAGACCGGAAUGAACUUUGAUUUCUCUGCCAAAUGUUUGGACGAAAAUGAUUGGGAUUUUCAAAAGGCGGCAACUGUAUUCCAGACUCUAAAUGAGAGAGGAAGUAUACCCGUCGAGGCUUUCCAGAAAACAUAACCAAGAAUUUAAAAAAGAAGAGUCGAACAUCCGCGUUUUUUUAUAUCAUUCCUUCAUAAUUUCAAGUGAAAUUUUCUGGCGGCCACACAUCAAAAACCAAAAAGAAAACAAGAAAAAAAAACUGUACAUAGGAGGCCAAUAGAUCGGACCGACACGGGAUUAUUUUAUUGUUCCAAACUCUUUUGUUGUACAUAACAAAGAAAACUUCCAGAACGGAGAUAAGAAUAUCAGUAGAAUGCAGUUUUGCUGCGUAUUUUAUUUUCUAAAUGCCAAAUAAAAAAAGGAAGAUGUACAUCCUCGUCGGAAUUACAGAACACAUCAAUAUAAUUACACUAUUUGAUACAAAAUUUGCAGGGGGAUGAAAAAAAAACUAGUGUAGACAGAUAGUGAGAGAGAAACAAAAUUCAGUUUGCCAAGAACAGUCGCCAUUCUCCUCUGUUUUAAUAAUGUAAAUAAUAACAAUUCGUUAUGGCAGCCACCAAAAGAGAAAAAUAAAAAAAAAAAAAAACUGUAAAAAAAUAUUUUAACUAUUAUAUUUUGACCAGCUCAAAAUACAUUUUAUCACAAAUAAGUUGUGUGCAUUGUCAUAAUCUACCAUGAAAAACACGCCGAGAAAUUUCAGUUUAAACUGUAAAAAAAAAAAAAGUUACUUUUACAUGACAAUAAAAGGCUGAAUUCUCUUUUCC